GCCUUGCCUGGCAACUUUAGGGUGGAAGAGUGGGUUACUCAAUGCCAUCUUAUAACUAUGCCUUCUGUUAAAGUCUCUGAUUACAAGAGAGGCAUGUUGGAACACAAAAUCCAUGGAGCAACUCCCUCAAUUUGUUGCGUGCUUUGUAUCUCUUUCUAACUUGAAAGUUGGUGGGGUUAAAAAAAUGAAUUUAUUAUCCUAAAAUUAGUGAUCUGAAAGUGUCUAAAAAUGAAAACAAUAGGUGUAGAUUCCUACAUUUUGGUUAUUCCAAAAUGGCCACUUACCCUACAAUCAGCGUGGGCGACAGUUGCAGCCCCUUGCGGCAUGCCCUCCACUCCAGGGGAGCGAGGAGUCAUGUCCCAGGUGCUGGCCAUUUUAGGUGCCCCGGGCCAGCUACAUUGUAUGUUGGAAAGCCUGCCAAGCCAAAUGUUUAAACUGCCCUAUCAGAGGGAGCCAAGUGCGAGGAACCUGGAUGGCGGACCAGAGCUGCGAAGUUCUCACUCUGGUUCUCCAGUCAGGGUUAGAAGCUUUUCCACUCCAUGAAAGCGUAUCUGCAACAGCCAGAGGCUACAAUCAAAUUAUCCUGCAAAGGAUUCAGUUGUCAUGCUUUUACAAAGGCGAAAUUGUGUAGAACAGCUUGCUAUUUGAGUAUCAAAAUAAGUGACGAAGGUUAUGGGAGGGAAAGAAGAUAGUUAACAGGUAAAAAAAAAAUACAUUAAAAAGAGCAAAAUUGUGUGAAGCAGAUCGCCAUUUCAGUGUCAAAAAAGGAGGUUACAGAAAAAAGAAAGAUAUUUAACUGUUCGAAAAUAAUAUGUUUGCUUUGGCAAAUGAGGAAUUAAACCUUUACUUGGAUGCUGUAGACUUUGGACACUCAUGUAAGGGAAACGUAAAAUGAGUCAGACUCACAAAAAAUCAGGGAAGUUUUAAUGUGUGAGCAAUACUACAGCAUGUUCAAUUGGAGCAGGCUUGCUGACCUCACAGAUGAAAACACUAUAUAAGAUCUGGCAGCCAGAUGUUCCACUAGAAAGUCAGCAGCUGCUAGAAGGAGUCUUUCCAGACCCGCUUCAACGGUGACUGCAAAAUACUCUUAACAGAAGAUAUGGUUGUGUUGAUUUUUCUCUUUGCCUUGUGGUGGGAUACAGCUGCUGGCUGGGGGUUCAAGGACGGAGUUCUACAUAACUCUAUCUGGUUAGAACGAGCGGCAGGAGUAUACCAUAGAGAAGGAAGGUCUGGAAAAUACCAGCUCACAUAUGCAGAAGCAAAAGCAGUGUGUCAGUAUGAAGGAGGACAUCUAGCCACAUACCAACAGCUGGAGGACGCAAGGAAAAUAGGGUUUCAUAUGUGUGCGGCUGGCUGGUUAGCGAAAGGAAGAGUUGGCUAUCCCAUUGUCAAACCUGGAAGCAACUGUGGCUUUGGAAAGACUGGGAUUGUGGAUUACGGCUUUCGGCUCAACAGGAGUGAGAAGUGGGAUGCUUACUGCUUCAACCCUAAUGGAAAAGCCUGUGGUGGAAUAUUCACAGAUUCAAAGCACAUCUUUAAAACCCCUGGCUACCCAAAGGAAUAUGAAGACGAUCAAACUUGUUAUUGGCAUAUAAGAGUGAAAUAUGGCCAACGGAUUCAAAUUCAGUUUCUCGACUUUGAUCUUGAAGACGAUACAGCGUGCAUGGCUGAUUACUUAGAAAUAUACGACAGCUAUGACGACGUAAAUGGCUUUGUCGGCAGGUAUUGUGGAGACGAACUUCCAGAAAAUGUAAUCAGCACAGGUAAUGUAAUGACUCUGAAGUUUUUGUCCGAUGCUUCAGUAACAGCAGGAGGCUUUCAGAUUAAAUACAUUGCUUUGGAUACACCCAAAAAGAGUGAUGGGAAAAAUACAACUACCCAAGACAACAAAAAUUACUUAGCUGGAAGAUUUGGCAUUGUAUAAAAGAACAUUGACAUGAAAGAAGAAUUUGCCUUGGAUGUUUAUUAAAGACAUUACCCUAUCCCCAAGCACCUUCUUGAUGUUCGUCCCAGUGGAUCCUAUUCCCCAUAAUCUCCUGUUACCUUCUCCCAAUGUGAUCUCUCUUUUUUGCUGAUCUUCAGUGACCCAUACAACCUCAGUGAUACACACCCCUUUGGACUGAUGCUUCCCACCAGGUGACUCCUCCCUGGGUUAAAAAGCCUGUUUGUUUGUUUGUUUUGUUUCAAGUUUUUAGCUAAAGUUCCAAGGGGCCAUGUGAUUGUGUGCAAAUGCUUCACAGCUGCUCAGUGAUAGCCACUUUGAAUUGUAUGCAGUGAUGAUUUCCUUGAGCCAAAAAGAUGAAGAAAUAUUUACUCAUAGAUCCUAUAAUCAUUGUACUACAUUUGAUGUAUUAUUGAGAUUUCUAAAUAUAUAUUUAUCAAACUUCAAGAGC